GAGACGCUGCGCAUGCGUAUUACUAACAAACAUGGUGGAUUAGUUCCCGGAAGCGGCGAAGUAGAAAGUUGAUUUGGAAAUACUGCAAAUAAUCGAAACUGUAAAAGCAAUUUUUUCAUAUUUCGGCCAAGUAAAAUCAAGGGAAUUACAGGAAGGUUAAAGAAUGGCCACUAAUGAUGAAGAGGUGGUUAUGACCCCGUCAAAAAAAGGCAAAGUAACUCAUAUAAAAAUAGAAAGAAAGAAGAAACAGUAUGUGAACCCAGAGGAUGUUGUACAUGUUGCUGGUGGCCAACAUCAAGGUCUAGUUGUUGCUAGACCAGAUGCGGCUGAAAUGGAUCUAGGCAAACCACAGCUCCAGUUAGGGUUUAUGUGUUUUUUAGUUGACAUGAAAACAGAUGAACAUUACGUUGAAAGUAGGAAAUUGAAGUUUUGGUAUGUUGAAGGAACAGAUUAUUACAAUCAAGUCACAACAGCUUAUGAAUUUUUUAAAGAAUUAGUUCGACCUGAAAAUUUCCCUAGAGAUUACGUAGGAUUUAUUAAGAAAUGUAUGAAACAGAUGCAGAGUGAUCGUUAUAAGCAAGCUAGGAAAGUUGACCUUGAAGUUGAACAUUUAGAUGCAGCAGAUGCACCCAUGAGUCCAGACUGCCUUAUUCCUUUGGAUAAGUUUGGAAUAGAAAAUAUGAAUGGCGAGGGCUUCAAUAAAAAGGACGACAGGCCAAUAGAAGAAAUUAUAAGAGAGAAGCUGCUGACAGUUUUAGAAUCUGCCUACCCCAAUGUCCUAUCUGUGGAGGAUUUAGUUAGAAUCACUGGUGCUGAUGCGGCCAUUGUCAGCCUACAACUACAAGAACUACAGACUAGAGAGCUGAUCUCUCCCAUGGAGAAUGGUGGCUUUGUUAGGAAAGUACUGGAUGACAAGACAGAGGUCCAAAUGAUCAAGACAAUGCCCAUGUUAGCAGCCAAUCUCCAGCCUACAAUUGCUAUCAUAACCUACCAGUACUGUGAGAAGAUGGCUGUUGAUGCUAUGAUGGAGAACAAGACCACCUAUGUUAGGUAUAAAACAGAAGGAGAAUCCAAUGUCUACACCACUGGUUUUAUUGGUGAACACAAAGUGGUGACCACAAAGUUACCAGCCAUUGGUCAUUUCAGGGCUGCUCAAAUCUCAUCAGGCAAUACCACAACACGCUUGCUGGGUACUUUCCAGGCCAUUGAGCAUGUGUUCCUGGUGGGCUGUGCUGGCAGCGUGCCCCACUUCACAGACUACUACAAGCAUGGACGACUGGGGGAUGUGGUCAUCUCAACCUGUGAUGAGAAGGGCUACAUCUAUUACUACUGUGACAAGAUCACACAAGACAAGAAAGGAGAUAUUCAGUACCAGUUAAAGACAUGGUCACCAAGAGAUCUGGAGCUACAAAGGAUGGCAGAGAAGCUGAAGGAAGUUCUACAGCUAGACCCAUCAUUUGCCCCAUGGCAGCAUUAUAUUGAAGAGGGUCAGGAGUUACUGGCAUCACAAGAACAAGACUACACUCGUCCACCACGAACAAAUGAUAGGUUAUAUAUGGGCAUUGGAGAGGGUCAGGUGAUUGAAGUUCAGCACCCAGAGAAUCCUGACGGCGUGGAGGAGCUAACAAACUUACCCACCAUCAGGUUUGGGGUGCUUGGUGCAGGCAGGCCUGUCAAGCAGGAGAUGUCUCGACACGACUUCGCCUCCAGAUAUGGCAUUCAAUCUUUUGACACUGACUUUGAUCAGGUGCUGGAUAGUAUUGUAGGUAACCGUAAGGAUAGUUUUAUCUUCAUCCGAGGACUUGCCGACUAUGUAGAUGGAACAAGAAAUAAGGAAUGGCAGCCGUAUGCUGCACUAGCGGCUGCUGCAGUAACCAAAUAUAUCAUCACAUCGUUGAAAAAUGCGCAGCUUGACGAUUUUUAGGGACAAGUUUCAUGGGGAUCUUUACCAGCUUGACACUGACUUUAUGGAAUAGUUUUAGAAACUUUAAUCACUUGAGUUUUUCAUGAAUGGGAUCUUUAGUGUGCUGUUAGCCCAGCCUGGUACAGACUUGGUGGAUGGUUUGGAUAUGAGCUGUAGGUGUACGUGAUGCACAGUGCCCUGGGAUCUAAGAGGGACAGUUUUUAUUCUACUGAUAUUAUCUAACUAGAUCAAGUAAUCAACACAGGCAUAAUAGAAAGAUGAGGUGUAAAUGUUUUAACUUUGGUAUAGUGUUGUAAUUCACAGAUUUUAUCUAACCCCAGAUUGUUUUAGACUGAAUGCUAGUAAUGUUUAGUAAAUAUAAUUGGUUUUACAUCUCUGAAUAAUCUGGCCAUUUUAUUUUAUAAGAUUUAGUUUUUCUUUAUGAGAGUUCCAUUUCAUUUAUAUAUUUUUUUAAGUAAAAGGUUAGGUUGACUCUCGUUAGGACUAAAUGAAGUUGAAAGUUUUUAGAAACAUGUAACGCUCAAGAGAUUCUAGUCCUGCUGCAGUUAUUGGCCUCUAGUGGCUGACUUAAUGUCUUAACAGAAGCAUAGAGAAGUAUUAGAUUAUAAUAAUUAAUUGUAACUAAAAAAAAUAAUUAGCUAUGAAUUGUAGGUGGGUUUUGUUUUUAAUUGAAGUGAAAAAUCUUCAUCAUGCAAUGUAAUUUGUUCCAUAUUCUGUUUAUUUGAAGGUAUGAAUGAUUAUAGCUUUUAUAUUCCAGUCUUCCUUUAGAGUUUUUAUCUAUAAUGUGGAUGGAAGAGAUAUCUGAUGAUUUGUAUGAUAAAACAAUCAAAAGUUUAUUGGAAUAAUUUGUGUAUGGCUGCAAACUCUACCCAUGUUUUUAUACAAGAUUUUAACCAUCUUCAUCAUCCCAAAAUUAUUGUUAAUAGAAGUCUGUUUUCAGCUUAUUCAAGUCUAAACUAUAUCCAACAAAUUGUUUUAAAGUUCCCAUAUUUGCCUUUAAAAAAAAGGAAAGAUUUGAUUUAUUAACUGUUAAUAAUAGAACCUUAACAUUAUGAACAUAAAUGAAAUUACAGAAAGGUUUUAAAAGUAGAUGUAUGUGUUAUUGACAUAAUUAAACUUCUUUCAGCUUAGUCGUAAGCUUGAUAUUGUGGCACCUGGUCACAGGUGGGUUGAUCUGGCACUGUUCUCUGGUUAAUAGGCUCGUCAAUGACUGUCAUACCUAAUGACUGGCUUCACUUUGAAACAUUGCCAUUUCUAUAGUAUUAAGUUGGUCUCACAUUCUGGUAAAUCCUGCUUGUGUUAAAGACACAAAAGCUGAUACUUCCCAACCGAGUUGAAGUGAAGACCUGUGUUGUUUCAGUGAGUUAUAAUAACACCAGUGCCUAACUCUAUUGUCAUGUGCUCUUUGAUCCUAAUUUGACUUGACUUUCUCUCCUGACUAAUAGACUUGGCACAAAUUUCUGUUUUUAUCGCUGCUAAAGAUGAGCAAUAGUGUGGGCCUGAGUUCCUUGUUAACUGUUGAUCUUUUACUGAGGUAUGCAUCUUGUGUCUUUCCUAGUACAGGACCUUAGUUCAUGCACUGCUAUACAAUUUCUUUUACCCUCAUGCUCAUUUUUGACCAGUUCAGUUUUAAAUUUACCUGGCAAAUCAUGCAGUUUCAUACUUUUUUUUUUACUUUUUUAAAAUUUGGUCUUGAAAUAAUACCCAUUUAAAAAGUCAUGCUCUAAAAACUAGGGUUUUUUUUUAAAUACUUAGUGAAGAAUCCUGCAUCAUGCUUUAAUACAUGACAAUUCUUUUUUCAGUUGCUAUUUUUAAAAUGUUCAUUCUCACAAUAAAAAGCAUUUAAUAUAUAAGAAUACACCCAAAAUGUACGAGAAUUGAAGUUUGUCUUUAAUAUUUACAUGUACAUAAGCCUUUUUUAUUUCUUAUUUGGCCAAAAGAGUAAAUACUAUACAUAAUUAUUUUAAACAGAUUAUAUAUAAUGUUGACCUUUAAAUGUUAACUUCUCUUCUGUGACUUUCUCAAUGUGAACUACUUACUGCAUUAUCAAUGUCUUUGACCAUUUGUGUUGACUUUUUUAGGGAAAAUGAAAGUUUAAAAACCUAAACAAAGGCAGGGUCUAUUCCUUGUCUUUCAAGGUUUUUUUUUGUUGUCUACAUAUAUAUAAAUAUUUAUACACAUGCUUUAGAUUAGUAAAGCUUUUUUCUAUCAUAAUCAUAUAUUUAUGUGGGUUUAAACUGUGUUGCUGUUAUAUAAAAUUUGUUUAAAUGGGCACUAAGAAUUGGUAGAGGAGAGAAGCAAUUGUUGCAGUUGUGUCCCUUGUUAAAUGUGAUGUGCAACUUGUCUAUGAAGUGAUAAGAAAAAUAAUUCCACUCUUUACAGUUUAGUUUCUACCUUAUACCAUUUCCAGUCUAAUAUUUGAACAUUCCAAGUUUGAUUUUGUCACUGCUAGCAACCAUUUUAUUACAUGGAAACUUGAAAUGUGCUGUAGUAUUUAAAACCCUGGCCACACCUUACAAGUGCAGUUCAUCUUUCACUGAGGCAGGUAUGCUUGUUUUUAUGUAAUGAUAUUGUCAUAAUAAACAAUCUUGCCUUAUUUAUUUUUUUUGUCUCGAAUUGUAUGUGGCUAUUAUUUUUUUAUACCAAGAAUUUAGUCAAAUAUUUGGCACCACCUGUUGAGGUCACCAGCGACACUGGCAUUUAAUUUAAGCAGGUUACUUGUCCGUAAUAAAUGUUUUUAAGCUGGACCACCAUAAAAAUAUUUAUACCAGAACACCAGUCACUAGCGGAAUAUUUGUUCAUUAUUUUUAAACAAUGUCCUUUUAACUAUUUUUGUGUAAAUGCAAUUUGUUCUUUUUGUUGCUGUAUAAAUUAAAUUGCUCACUAAUGUCCUGAUGUUUUAUUGCUCUAAUUGUCAAGUUACUUUCUGCCUAGGAUGACAUGCUUGUCUUUAGAAAUGAAUCUUAUAAUAAAUUUAACAUUUAUUU